AUGCCAUUGUUUCUCACUCUCACCUCACCCUCGUCCUGCCCUUGUUCCUCACACCUCGCCCUGCCCAUGUUCCAUACCCUCUCCCUCACCCUCACCCUCAUCCUGCCCUUCUUCCUUACUCUCACCCUGCCCUUGUUAAUCACCAUCACCCUGCCCUUGUUAAUCACCCUCACCCUGCCCUUCUUCCUUACCAUCACCCUGCCCUUGUUAAUCACCCUCACCCUGCCCUUGUUGAUCACCCUCACCCUGCCUUUGUUAAUCACCCUCACCCUGCCCUUGUUAAUCACCAUCACCCUGCCCUUCUCCCUUACCAUCACCCUCCCCUUGUUAAUCACCCUCACCCUCCCCUUGUUAAUCACCCUCACCCUGCCCUUGUUAAUCACCCUCACCCUGCCCUUCUUCCUUACUCUCACCCUCCCCUUGUUAAUCACCCUCACCCUGCCCUUGUUUAUCAACCUCACCCUCCCCUUGUUAAUCACCCUCACCUUGCCCUUGUUAAUCACCCUCACCCUGCCCUUGUUAAUCAACCUCACCCUCCCCUUGUUAAUCACCAUCACCCUGCCCUUGUUAAUCACCCUCACCCUGCCCUUCUCCCUUACCAUCACCCUCCCCUUGUUAAUCACCCUCACCCUCCCCUUGUUAAUCACCCUCACCCUGCCCUUGUUAAUCACCCUCACCCUGCCCUUCUCCCUUACCAUCACCCUCCCCUUGUUAAUCACCCUCACCCUCCCCUUGUUAAUCACCCUCACCCACCCCUUGUUAAUCACCCUCACCCUGCCCUUGUUUAUCAACCUCACCCUCCCCUUGUUGGUCACCCUCACCCUGCCUUUGUUGAUCACUCUCACCCUGCCCUUGUUAAUCAACCUCACCCUCCCCUUGUUAAUCACCAUCACCCUGCCCUUCUUAAUCACCCUCACCCUGCCCUUCUCCCUUACCAUCACCCUCCCCUUGUUAAUCACCCUCACCCUCCCCUUGUUAAUCACCCUCACCCACCCUUUUUUAAUCACCCUCACCCUGCCCUUGUUGAUCACCUUCACCCUGCCCUUGUUCUUCAACCUCACCUCACCCUCGUCAUGCCAUUGUUCCUCAUCCUCACAUCACCCUUGUCCUGUCCCUGUUCCUAACACCUCACCCCCGCCCUGCCCUUGUUCCUCACCCUCGUCAUGCCAUUGUUUCUCACUCUCACCACACCCUCGUCCUGCCCUUUUCUCACACCUCACCCUCGCCCUGCCCUUGUUCCUCUCCCUCACCUUACCCUCGCCCUUCCCUUGUUCCUCUCCUUCACCUUACCCUCGCCCUGCCCUUGUUCCUAACCCUCACUUUACCCUCGCCUGCCCUUGUUCCUCACAAUCACCUUACCCUCGCCCUGCCCUUGUUCCUCUCCCUCACCUCACCCUCGCCCUGCCCUUGUUAAUCACCCUCACCCUGCCCCUGUUGAUCACCUUCACACUCACCCUGCCCUUGUUAAUCCCCCUCGCCCUGCCCUUGUUAAUCACCCUCACCCUGCCCUUGUUAAUCAGCCUCACCCUGCCCUUGUUAACCACCCUCACCCUGCCCUUGUUAAUCACUCUCACCCUGCCCUUGUUCUUCUCCCUCACCUCACCCUAUCGCCGCGAAUAG